UGCUCACACCUAUAACGGUAGAGCUGAAUCACCAACAAUAAGUGCACAAAACUGGGGAUCAAUGUUUCAUGGCGUGACCCCUGAUAAACAUGGUUUAACUAAUGAAUUAAUUGAAAAUGGUAAAGCAUAUCCAGAAGAUGAUGAGUAUCCAAGCAUAUUGAAAAUACUUGGUGAUAAUGACAAAAGUGACAAAGAAUUCACAUCUGCAAGUAUAGUUUCUUGGUCUCCAAUUAAUACAGGAAUAUUGGAGUUAUCAUUGAAAACUCUACGAUUUUCAUUCCCAAAUGAUGAACCUUGGUAUAUUAGAUUUUGGCGUAAAAUACAAAGUACAAUUUUUGCCAAAUACACCGAAGAUAACCCUGUUUUUGAAAAAUCAAUUGAAUUUCUACAAAGUAAAAAUUAUGUGGAUUUCUUGUUUAUUUAUUUUGGCACAGUUGAUUCGAUGGGCCAUAGAAAAAAUUAUCAAAGUGAACAGUAUCACCAACAGUUAGAAUUGAUUGAUGGAUAUGUUGGAGGAGUCCUUGAGGCAAUCAAAGAGUUUGGUUGGGAUGAAGAUGCUUUGAUUUUGUUGACAACUGAUCAUG